AUGGUUGACUUGACUUGGCUCAAGGACAAGCUGAAGGAACAUGCCUUGGCCCAAGCAGAACUCCUUAAACGCCAGGAAGAACUAGAAAGAAAAGCAGCAGAAUUAGAUCGUCGGGAACGAGAAAUGCAAAACCUCAGUCAACAUGGCAGAAAAAAUAAUUGGCCACCUCUUCCUGGCAAUUUUCCUGUUGGACCUUGUUUCUAUCAGGAUUUUUCUGUAGACAUUCCUGUAGAAUUCCAAAAGACAGUAAAAAUUAUGUACUACUUGUGGAUGUUCCACGCUGUAACGCUCUUUCUGAAUAUCUUCGGCUGCUUGGCUUGGUUUUGUGUUGAUGGUACGAGAGGGGUUGAUUUUGGACUGAGUAUCCUGUGGUUCUUGCUUUUCACGCCGUGUUCCUUUGUCUGUUGGUACAGACCACUUUACGGAGCUUUCAGGAGUGACAGUUCAUUCAGAUUCUUUGUGUUCUUCUUCGUCUAUAUUUGUCAGUUUGCUGUACAUGUACUCCAGGCUGCAGGAUUUCAUAACUGGGGCAAUUGCCAAACAUGGCCUAUGGUACAUGGACUAUAUCGCACCACAGGUGCGAGUUUUGAGAAGGCCCAGCAGGAGUUUGCGACAGGUGUGAUGUCCAACAAAACUGUCCAGACUGCAGCCGCCAAUGCAGCGUCCACUGCGGCAACUAGUGCUGCUCAGAACGCAUUCAAGGGUAACCAGAUGUAGGGCGUUCCCAACAGCACACUGUUACCUUCUGACUGUACUUUGUCUCGUUACUGUAUUCUAUAAAUAUUUUUAUGUUCAAAACACACAAGGGACACAGUGCAUGUAUAGUUCCUGUUCACUUGUGCAUGGGCGAAAACCAGAAAAACUUCCUGUCUUAUUUACCUAAUCAUUUUCUUAAUAUCUCAGUGCCCCUUGCAGGAAAAAAAAUUAUAUGCUAAAUAAAUAUUCUCCAUAUUUUUUGGGGGAUGAAUGUUCAGCGAAUUAUUUCAGUGGUGACACGCUGAAAUUAAUAUGUACUUAUGAUUCAACAUGCACCUAGUCUUAGCCGCCGUAGCUCUCUCAGUAAUCUUUAUUCAUAAGGAUUGCCCAGUGGAGCAGUAAAGUAAAAACUGCAUUCCUUAUUUCCCUGUGUAUGCUGAUAGAAAUAGGGCAGUGGGAAUUUUAAAUUGGAGACUUGGGAAAUUUUAAAUUGGCUGGACUUUUAGGAAUUUCAGCCACCAGUGAAAAGGCUGUGUGAAUCUCAUAGAUUAUGUACACUUUACCUGCUUUGUGUUUUCCUUUUCAAAAGUAGUUGAUAUUUUGCUAUCAAUCUCUGGUCUUGCAUGGAUACUGAGUUUCUUAAUUGAUGUAGUGUUUUGGGUUCUGCACUGCUCUGGUGGUUGGAUUGGAGUUUUUGCUUGUUUGUAAUUUGUGGAAUCAUAGAAAUGACUUUGAGUAAUAGUUUUUUUUUGAGUAAAAAUGGGUCAGAGUGCAAUAUGAGAGUUUAAUAGAACAGGCAGUGCAUUAUCCAAAGGAAAAGGAAGAUAGUCAAUGGAGUAGAACUUAGUGAUAAGAAUUCAUUUUUUAAACAAAGUUUCAGUAUUCAUAUAAUAGAAAGAUAUUACCGUAUGGAAACUUUGGUAUAUUUUUGUGGUUUUUUUAAUUGAAUUGGGAAUGUGUUUGGCAGCUCUGUGUUUUAGUUUAGGUUUGGUUUUUUGUUUUCCGUUUUUGGUGUAAUUUGUAAGAGGUACUAAGGUCUUACUUAGCUUCUUGUCCAAAAUGAGCAAACAGUAUUUAAGGCAUUUUUCUUUUAGCCUGUCAUCGCUCAUGAUAUUAAAAAAAAAAAAGACCCUCACAUCGCACAUAUACUUGAAUUCCAGAUGUGUCUCAUCUUUCUGGUUUUGAGACAGAUUGAAAACAUGGAAAAUUUGAAACAUGGACAGAUUAAAAAUAAUAGAAAAACACUUUGUACCAAGGGAAAAAACAAUAGUUAAGUACAUUGAUUAUGAGAGAAACAUAUUUAAAAUUGUGACUAUGUCCUGGUGGUGGAGUGGUUACGUAUUGGGCUGCUACCUUUAAGGUCAGCAGUUUGUUAUCCCUAGCCACUUUGUGGGGAGACACGGGGCUGUCUCCUCCCAGACCCAGUUGCUGUCUCUGGAGCCCCCGGGGCAGGUCUGCCCUACCCUGUCCAGGUGGCUAGGAGUUGGCAUGGACUGAUGGGCAGUGGGUUUACCAGUUCACUCUUAUGGCCCUCUUGGGUUUAAACUUCUGGUCUUUCUUAAUGCUAUCAAAUGACUCACAGUUCUGUGUAAAGGAAUACUCCUGUAUUUUGGAAGUCUUUAACAAAUUUAAGAUUGCAGAAGGAUAGUAGUGAUUUAUUCAAAUUGAUUCUGAAUAAGGGUAUUGUACUGGGUUGUAUUAUUUGAAACAGCAAAUCCUUCAAAAACAGGUGAUUAUGUCACUUUCCUUCACCUUCCCAAAUAGAGUUGAAGUGAACUCCAGGCUGAGGCGGGGAGGAUGAGGAAGUGGGUCUCUGUCUGUGAAGAAACAUGCGUGGUACUUGCUACCAUGGAUCAGUCCAGAUGGUGCUUACAUUUGAUUUUUCAGGGGCUUUAUUGAAAUAAUAUACUUUGAAGAAAGUGAUCUUCUGAAGAAGAUAGGGUUCAGAAUAUGAAAUCUGAAGCUGUUUUCACGAACAUUUCUGAUGAGUGAUCAUCUUUACCCCUAUUCUCAACCAAGUCACUUCACGCUUUCCAUGUGAUCUUAUGAUUGGGAAGUUGUUUCGUCAAUAUGCAGUCAUUCAAACAGUCAGCAUCCAAUACAACAUCACCCGUGUUCACCAUUACUUUAUACCCCUGGGUUUUUUCCCCUUUGAAGUAUAAAUAAAAUAUUUAGAGAAACUUUUGAAAAAUAUCAAAAUACAUUUCUUUUUCUUCAGAAUAGAAAUGUUUCUGUGACGCAGAAACCCUCCAAAGUAGCAUUGCUACUUAUCAAUCCACAGUUACAAGCAAAGUGUCCUGUGUGCACAAGGAGAUUGGUCUUCUAAACUACCGUUAUCGGGGCUAUUUUAAUACAAGUUGGUGGGAUAAGACGUUUUUGGUUUAAUAAACUUCGUUGUGCAUUGAAAUCAUGGUGACGCUGACAGUUUGAUCAGAUAUAAAAGAGGCUCUCAACUCUUGUAACCCCUGGUCUCUGAACAGUAAUUACAGUAAUCAAUCAGUAAGUCACAUUUUCAUUCAGCAAAAGAUGGCAUUUGUUAACGCUUCAUAUUUCGUACUAAGUGACCCAGGAUCACAGUCAGGAGCAGGUAUCACAGAGUGGGCCUCCACGUCACUUUCAGUUUGCAAUAUUAAAUCUCGGCAAUUCUAUUUCACAGUCAAGUUUGAACACUGGAAAAUCAUUGCUUCAUGAUUUGUAACCUGGGACUUGGAUUCUGUAUUGGGGUUGUUUGUAUAUUUUGUUGGUGAGUGAUCCUGUGCUGCUCUCCUGGUGACUGCCAUGGUUCUGUAUAAAUGCCCGCCAUCUGUUCCUCUAAUGUUGCAUGUUUUCAGUGGUUUGGAAGUUUUGUAUAUUUAUUGUAUUAACACAGAGUGUCAUAAAAUAAAAUGCUGUUUACUGGA